AUGAAAGUAAAUGAAGCAGAUGAAGAUCAGAGAAUCAAAGAGGUGGUGGAAAAAUUAUUGCAAACACUGGUGCAUCAAAUGCAACAAUUUGAGAAAAGGACUCAGAGGAGUAUACAAGAACCUGAGAAAAGAACCCUGAAGAAUAUUCAGAGUAUUCAGAGGAAUAUUCAAGAAUAUGAGGACUUCCGGUCUCGGCGAUCGCCAUGGCAGACACGUUUUCCCGGGGGUCCGGGAGAUGCCUGCCAGAGCCUGCAGCUGGGAGGGGCGCCCGUCUCACAGAGCCGGACGGCCAAAGCCCUCCGGCUGCUCCCUGCCGCCGCCGCCUCUCCUCCGGGUCCCGCCGGACUUGGGCCGCGCACGCAAGGCUGGCUCGCGGGCCGAGGGGGGCGGCGCCCUGGGCCGGGCCGAGCCUCUCCACGUGUCCGACUCCAGCAGCAGCAGCGGCCCCGACUGCAAGAAGCGGCUGGGGCUGUGGCCGGGGGAAGCCGCCGCCUCGGGAUGGUGCCGGGCGGUGGGUCUCCGGGCGCCCUCUGCCUGGGCGCUGCGCUGAGCGGGAUCCUCAGCUUCGUCUUCUUGGCGGUGGCCCUCGGCACCGACUACUGGUACUUGAUCCGGGUGGAGCUGGCGGGGCGCAACGGCAGCGCUUGGGAGGCAGAGCAGCUCAGCUCCCAUUCCGGACUCUGGCGGCUGUGCGAAGGACGGAAUGCCUGUACACCUCUCAUUGAUCCAUUUGGCACCGAGAGCUGGCAGGUUCCAUCAUCACUCCAAUAUCUUAUUUACAUGCAUCGGGCCUUUGCAGUCCUGCUGCCGCUCAGCCUCAUCUUGCUUGUCUUCAUUUGGAUCUGUGGUAUCAUCAGUUCGCUGGCCAGGAGCUCCCGGUUUCUGCUGUUUACAGGCUGCUAUUUCUUGCAGGGGGCACUGCUGACACUGGCAGGGACCACCAUCUAUAUCUGCUACUCCAGGGCCGCGUUCACAGAGACGGUGCAGAUGUUUGACCGGCAGCGCUUUGAGCACGUCCGCAUUGCCUUUGGCUGGUCCUUGGCACUUGCCUGGCUCUCCUUUGGCACCGAAGUAUUGGCUGGCAUCCUCCUUCUCCUGGCAGCUUGGGGACUCGGCCUGGCCCCUGACCCAUGUUCAGUGGUCAUCUGA